AUGUUGCUGGGCGCGGCAGAAGAAUUCGGAUUGAAAGUCAUGUUUGGAGAGAUGCACGAUUGGAUGAGAUUUGACGCUGCGGGCCUCGGAGACGCCGCAGAUGAUAUACGUGCGCCUACUCCAGAGGCUGUACGCAGAACAAAACUUUUGGGUCUGGUCUGGCUGAUAGAGACCGCUGGGGACGUUUCAGGAGCCCCAUCUUCCCAACCUAUCAAGCCGACCGUACGUACCUUUCCCUCUCCCGACGUCAACGUCAACUCAUGCUCGAAUGCGUACCUGGGGUGCGUCUGUCCACACUGCAUCGCUGCAAAUGGAAAGUCUGUCGUUCCUAAAGGAUCCAGAGGAAUGCGUAGUAAUGUGAUAACUGAUGAUGAUGAUGAUGAUGAUGAUGGUGGUGGUGGUGGUGAUAGUGAUGGUGAUGAGAGGAGUCACGUCGAGCAUCGUGACAUUUCUGCUGCGGUCGUUGAUGACAUGAUCACGGGUCUGGCUAGGACAAUGGAUAAGUACUACCUACUACCGUACUACUACUACCUUACUACUACUACUACUACUACUACUACUACUACUACUACUACUACUACUACUACUACUACUACUACUACCGGUACUACUACUAGAUGGCUUCAGCCUUCGAGGUCACACGACCCCGCUUACGAUGUUUUGAAUGAACGAGUUGGGGCAGCGUCUAAGCCAGGGCCGCCGGCCGCUGAAGUCAGCGGCGGCAAGGAGGGCGGCUCACGAUUGUCAAGACUGAAGUGCUAUGAGUACGGAAAAGCGAUACAACAGAGCAUCUACCAUCCUAUCUAUAGUAUCAGAACUCGAGGGAAGUUGGAUGGAGGGAUGGAGGGAUGGAGGGAUGGAACAUGGACGGAUAGAGGUGUCUCUACAAUGGCGCAAGCCUACUGGCCAAGAAAGCAUAUCUGGCACGGACUUUCCUAUGCAGCUGUUUUCCUGGAAGUCGAUAGAAUCACCGAAAAGCAGCGUUCCACGCCUGAACUCGCAUAUGGGUCGAGCCACGGGUUGGACGACGAUGGACGACGAUCGACGAUGGGCGACGAUAGGGGGGGGGCUGACUGGGCUUCGAGGGCGGUGCCGCUUUAA